CCAAUACUGAACAAGUAUUAUACAUAAUGAAAGUUGACAAACAAGGACAAUCACAGGGUGUUCUCAAUUUUUUAAGUUCGGAAGUUCUGGAAUAGAAGGCCGGAAGCUGAUGAAUUGCUAUAAGUACACCGCACUCGAUUAUUGCCACCUCACUCUCUCGCUUGGCAGGACUAUUAAGUAUAAGGUUGCCUUCCUAUAAAGUUAUAGCAUAUAGCAAACGUGUAUCAAAAAAAUAUGAAAACUGCAGGUGUAAUCACAGGACUGGCUGUCGUAGCCACAAGCCAAGCUCACACAAUCAAUCGUCGAGAAGCAUGUCCAAGCGGCAAUGUUGUUUUCGAUGCCUGGGCGUUCGCAGCAGACUGUGGUUCCAUUGAUGGAACCCCCCCACCUACUAUUUCUCUAGAUGUGCCCAUUGGCAGUCCCUGCUUUGCCGUCCCAGCUGGUCCCCCUCUAGGCCUUCCUUUCGCCGCUGCAGUGGAAUAUAUCGCUGAAACAGACAGCUAUGCUGCCUCAAUCUACUUGGAUGAUAAUUGCACGGAUUUGCUUGCUUCUCUUCCAGAUGGUUACAAGCUAGGUGAAUGCGCUGUAGUCGAAUCUUCUCUAGGAGAUGUAUACCUAAGAGGAACUUGCUCCGAAACCGGCGAAGGUGCUGCCGCAGAGCCCGAGCUCGAGGCCGAGACUGAGCCCGAGAUUGUGGACGAGGAAGAGGUCGAGGCUGCCGAGCCUGAUGUGUCUGCCGUGGUUCUUCCAGGUGUUAUCGUACCUGUUUCCGAUGAACCCAUGGUCUCUGAACUGGCAUCUGAAGUUGCAUCUGAAAUGGAGUCAGAAAUGGUGGCUAGCAGCGAAGCUCCUGAGGAGUGUUGCAUGUGCGAGCCCGCAAGUAGUGAUAUGGCAAGUGGAAUUGCUUCAAUGGGUAGUGACAUGGCAUCUAUGGCUACGGACGCCGUAGUAAUGACAGAUGAGGAGUCUGAUGAUGGUUUUGAGAUUCUGCCCGUACGUCGUCGUCGCCAGAUCAGCGAGUCUGCACUAGAAUCGAUGGUUGAAUCUAUGGUUGCUUCAGGAUCACUGGUGGCUUCUGAGAUGUCUGGGUCAAUGAUGGCGUCUGAACCUGCCGCUUCAGGUGAGUGCUGCCCUUGCCCUGUCGUCUCAGAGAUUGAAUCCGAAUCUAUGAUGAUGACCGAUGAAGUCGUGGUCACCGAAGCUGUUUCAGAAGUUGUAUCUGCUCUCGGAGCCGUAUCGGAUGCAGUUGACGAUCUCACUGAGGCAAUUGUAGAUGCCGUCUCUACUGAGGCCGCCAGUGGAGAGACGGAAGAGGAGAUUGUGGAACAGGAUCAGGAGGAUGAAUUAGAUGAGAUUAUCGACCCAACAUUUGACGAAUAAGUCCUAGAGUGAAGCAGUUGAACUUGCGGCUGUCAAUCCAUAGAUAAUGUUUUCUGAAUUGUAAGUGACGGUACGCACAUAUUUUUGAACCAAUAAAAUAUAAUUUGUUAUACGAGGG